GCGAGUGGUGUUCUGCAAAAUGGGCUCUCCUGCAGCCGAUUAUGCGCAGAAGCGUUCCGCGCGAGCGGGUGCUAGGAACCACGAGGAGCUGGGGCGUGUUUCCGGUGCGGGUGACAGGCGACGGAGUUGAAGCCCAAGUGCCCGGAGGGGACCAUGGCCAGCAGCGAGCGCACCUUCAUUGCCAUCAAGCCCGAUGGGGUCCAGCGCGGCCUCGUGGGCGAGAUCAUCAAGCGUUUUGAGCAGAAGGGAUUCCGCCUCGUUGCCAUGAAAUUCAUGCAGGCUUCCGAAGACCUUCUCAAGGAGCAUUACAUUGACCUGAAGGACCGUCCCUUCUUUGCUGGCCUGGUGACGUACAUGCAUUCAGGGCCAGUGGUUGCCAUGGUCUGGGAAGGGCUGAAUGUUGUGAAGACAGGUCGAGUGAUGCUUGGGGAGACCAACCCUGCAGAUUCCAAGCCUGGGACCAUCCGAGGGGACUUCUGCAUCCAAGUCGGCAGAAACAUCAUCCAUGGCAGUGACUCUGUGGAGAGCGCAGAGAAAGAGAUUGGCUUGUGGUUUCACCCUGAGGAACUGGUAGAUUACAAGAGCUGUGCUCAGGCCUGGAUCUACGAGUGACAUGAAAGCAGACCGCAGCGCUUGUCCCAUUCCAUUUCUCCUCUCUCCCACGGGCAGGGGACCAGGCUCUAGCAAAUCGAGUUAUUUCUGAGAACUUCCUUUUCAUCUGGAGGGAACUCUUGGAGCUGUGAGUGCUCCCUGUACAGUGUUAUGUGCUACCAUCAGAUUAAAAUGUUUCAUCGCAAGGAAGGAGUCUCUGA